CUCUCCUUCUCCACCAAGAAAAAUCAACUCACAUUCAUUCAUCUACAAAUUCUUCAGAACAGCAACCUCCCUCCCUCCCUCCUGCUAUCUAUACUUGAAGAGAGAGAGAGAGAGAGAGAGAGACAGAGAGAGAGAUGGGUGGUGCAGAUUGGGGGCCAGUGGUGGUCGCGGUGGUUCUGUUCAUUCUCCUGUCACCAGGGCUGCUGUUUCAGCUACCGGCGAGGGCAAGGGUUGUGGAGUUCGGGAACAUGUGCACCAGCGGAAUUGCCAUUCUGGUUCAUGCCGUCCUCUACUUCUGCAUAAUCACCAUCUUGGUCAUUGCAGUGGGUAUUCACAUACAUGCUGAUUGAUCCAAAUACAACUUUGAAAGCAUUCCCCUCCCAUGUUUGUUAUAAUUUGGCCUUCAUGGAGACAUUGUUCCAUAAUUUUUUUCUUCUUUUUUUGUUUGUUCCACUUCCGCCCCUUAAUUUUCUUCCAUUGGCCUGCUGUUAAAAUUUAUGUAUGAAUGGUUUCUUUCCCACGAGGAGUUAAAAAAUCUUUGUGGUUUUUGUUGGUCCUCGACAAGGUUAAAUUUAUGCUGAAUUGUUGGAU